CGAGCUGUCAAGAAGGUUGAAUCCAAGGGAAAAUGGCGUCUCGGGAGCCUGGCAGUUCUGUGAGCCCAGUACCCUGGGCUGCUGUCUUGCUCUUGACUCUGGGAGUGGAAAGGGCUCUGGCUCUCCCUGAGAUAUGCACUCAGUGCCCGGGAAGUGUGCAAAAUUUGUCCAGAAUAGCUGUUUAUUGUAAGAAGACAUCGGAGUUAAUGAAGGGCCGCUGCUGCAUGAAUGAGAAGGGCACCAUCUUGGGGCUGGAUCUCCAGAACUGUUCCCUGAAGGAUCCUGGUCCAAACUUUACCCAAGCUCUUACUGCUGUUAUCAUAGACCUUCAAGCUAAUCCUCUCAAGGACAACUUAACCAACACCUUCCGUGGCUUUACCCUGCUCCAGACUCUGAUACUGCCACAAGAUGCCACCUGUCCCGGAGGUAUUAAUGCCUGGGAAAGUAUUACCUCUUAUGUUGACAAUCAAAUUUGCCAAGGGCAAAAGGACCUUUGCAAUAGCACCAGAAUCCCAGAAAUGUGUCCUGAGAAUGGAUCUUGUGCACCUGAUGGUCCUGGGCUUUUGAAGUGUGUUUGCCCUGAUGGUUUCCAGGGAUACAAGUGUAUACGGCAGGGCUCCUUCCCCAUGCUUAUGUUCUUUGGGAUUCUGGGCUCCAUCACGCUAUGCAUCUCCAUUCUGCUAUGGGGAACCCAGCGCCAAAAAGCCAAGGCUUCAUGAACAGCAUAAGACUUCCUGCUGACCUGAGAUCACCUUGAACUUCUCAGCCCAGCCAGGGAGAUUCGCUUCCUUAGCCGGCAUUACUGCCAGCGGAUCCUCAAGGUUGAAGCUGCCGUUUUUAAUGAAAGAAGUAAAACUGCACCGCCUUGGGGUCCUGUGGACACUGGGUUAGAAGCGGACUAGUACCUGUUUGUAUUAUUGUCUACAAUAAACACUUUUUUUUAUUUUUCUUUUUCUUUUAGAAAUAGUG